CGCGACUUUGCUCUGUCCGACAUGUCACGCUCGCUGCGGCCGAGGACCUCACGGCCGAGCUACACUUUCGCUGCUUUAGACGACGAAGGCGACGCGCAGACGUCAGGAGCGGGGCCAUCGCGCCGAAGAGCGGUCGACGAUGAUGACAGCGAAAGCGAAUUCGAGCUCCCUCCCAAAACUGACGACAAGGCUGGAGGCGGCGAUGAUGACGACGAAGACGACUUCAUGGAGGACGAGGGGGAUGUUGAAGGGGACGACGACCUCGAUGGCGGCGUUGGAGAAUCGGCCUCCGCCGUCGCGAAAUCUGCGCGUGCAGCUGCAAAACCUCGCAAGCGGAGCAAGACCGUCAAUCCCACGUAUACGGCCCCCUCGACGUCCAUGAAGUCUGUGGGGAGCGUCGGUCUGUCUCGCGUCUCUCGCCGCCAAAUGUACUCGCUGCCAACCCCGAGCGUGAAGCACCGACAUCGCGCGAUCCCCCUUUACACGCACGAAGGACGCGUCGAGCGCCUGACGAAAGAGCCCUCUCUGUUCGGCCCGUCAUCCAUCUCAGCAUGCAAUAACUUCACCUUCAACAAGAAGGUGAUUGAUCGCGCGUCGAAGGCCUGGGGCUUCAACGUCGGUGCGGGCCCCGUGUGGGACAUGGUGGAAGAUCGGUCGUGGUUCAAGGAGGGAGCGCCCUUCAUGACCCAGCCUUACUUGUCUGAGGGUGCGAGGCGUCCCGUCGUACACCAGCAUAUCCGUGUCAAGCCUGACUACAAAGUCAUAAGCGCCAGCGACGCUCAAGCAUACCUACCAAGGGAAGUUGGAUCAGAUGGCAGCUUCCAAUCCCCUCCCCCCAUCCAUUGCUCUUUUGGUAAAAUCGGCUCCCAAACUCGUGUCGAGACGAAGAUGUUCGACGCCGUACCGAUUUCGCAAUUUCUGCCCGAUAGCAAAAGUCAUGUCUUCAAUGCCGGCGCCCCUGUUUGGGGCCUCGAUUGGUGUCCUAUACACCCUGACGAACGUGAAGCCCGGUCGUAUACGCAAUAUCUCGCCGUCGCGCCCUUCCCUUCGAAGUCCCAUUCGCCAGACUUCGGCGUCAAGACACCACGACCAUCGCCCGCUUGCGUUCAAAUAUGGUCGCUCGCACCGGCCAACGGUCGCGCGAGCGAUGCGGGAAAGAUGAAAUGCGAAAUGGUGCUCUGCGUCAACAGCGGGCCUGCUCACGAGCUGAAGUGGUGUCCGCUUCCAACGCAUGACUCGAUAUCGGACUCGAUGGACAACAGCUCGACGCCUCGAAAACUGGGCAUCCUCGCUGGUGUCUUUGAGGAUGGCUCCGUUUCAUUCUACGUCGUGCCGGAGCCGCAGGAUGUCAAGCACGAGGAUCACAACGACGAUGAGCCCGUCUUCGUCGAACUUCCUGAGCCGGUCAUUCGUAUUGAGCUCGAAGAAGCUGCUAUCACGUCGAUAGAUUGGGCCAACAGCGACUGCUUAGCGGUAGGCACCGCGCACGGUACCAUCGCCGUGUACAAGCUUGCCAACGCCUUAAAAGCCUGCAACGGACCUGACCCCAUCCAACCUAUCGACCUCUUCCCUACGCACUACAUCACUGUGCAUCAGUCUGCAAUCCGUGCUUUAUCAUGGAUUCGCGCACCAACUGCUUAUGCGUCCGGCGAGCUGAAUUUGACCGACGACCCUACUGUCAUCGCGAGCGGCGGUUACGACGGUGUCGAGUGCUUUACGGACAUCAGGGAGGGGCAUGGAUGUGCAAUGAACAGGACGAGAGAUGUGAUCUUGACGAUGGCUUACGCGGCAUACGGCGCCGGCGUCAUGACUAUCGACCACGACAAUAUCAUCAAGCUGUAUUCCGUCUCUCCUAGCAUGCUUGGGCGAGGACAUAUGUUGUUCGAGCCUCAGGGACCUGUCUGGUCUGUGGCGGCGUCGGACUACCACCCGCAAAUGGCCGUUGCAUCCGCGGAUGGUUCAUGUUCGACGACGAACAUGCUGCGCGGCACCAGGAAGGGCGGUUCUGUGCCCUUCUUCGUCCACAAAAUAUAUCAGCUCGACUACAGUCGCAAAACAGGAGAGUAUAGGAUGUUAGAACGCUUCGUCCCGCAGGAAUUGCAAGACCGUCCCACGUACAGUCGACUGAAGAGGGGAGGGAAAGUCCCCCAAAGGCGUUCCACUCCUGCUGGAACCGGUGCUUGGCCGCCCGAGGUCGGUGUGCACAAGGUGGCGUGGAAUCAAGGGAAUGGCCUCGCGCGGUCGAGCAUGCUAGCCAGCGCGACGGCGGCGGGACUUUGUCGCAUCGACGUGCUCUGGGGAAGGUGGAUGAAGGACAAGGUGCCCUACCAGGGCGUUGACCAAAUCCGAAUGGAGGACGGUGUGAUGGACGUGGAGUCAGAUGGGUCCGACGACUGAGUGUCGCGCUUUCUGAAGCAUUCGAAGUUCUUGAAACCCAUGUUGUAAUUGAUAUAUCUAAUCCUGCAGGUAUACAAUCCAAAAUCCCAAAGA